AGCGCUCCGCCAUCCUCCUGCUCUCCUCCUUCUCCAGCGCCGGCUCGGCCCCGGGCCCUGCCGCCCCUCUCCCGCUCCGAGCCCGGGCCACAGGGACCUCUGUGUGCCUGUGUCCCUGCACUUGUGUGGCUGUUCACUGAAAUCACAGACUCUGUAUACAGAGAUCCUUAACAGGAUUUGGAAUUGGAGGAAAUUCUAACAGCAACAUGUCAGAAUUCCACUGUAACUUGGUAAAUAAAAAGAAGACACAAUAAUUCCCUGUGUUCUGAGUUCCAGAAUCAGUGAUGUGCCCAUGUAUUCCUUUCUGCUCUCUCCCAGGGAAGAUGAUCCCCAGCCAGCGUUCCUGAGCCACGAGGAUGGGGCCAGAUGUUCCCCUGCUCAAUGACUACAAACAGGAGUUCUUCUUGAAGCGCUUCCCUCAGACUGUGCUGGGAGGUCCCCGGCUCAAAUUGGGCUACUGUGCCCCUCCUUACAUCUAUGUGAACCAGAUCAUCCUUUUCCUGACACCAUGGCUUUGGGGAGGAGUGGGAACACUCCUGUACCAGUUGGGAGUGCUGAGGGACUUCUGCACCGCAGCGCUGUCGGGAGGACUCAUGUUUGUUACUGCACUUGCUCUUCAGAUGACAAACCUCUAUGCCAAGCAAAAAACAGUGACAGUAGAAAGAAUGCAAAUCCAGAAUACCCUGACAGAUGAAGAUGACUUUGAAUUUUCCAGCUGUGUAGGUUCAGAGACAGUAAAAUUUAUUAUUCCUGGCAAGAAGUACAUAAUCAACACUGUAUUCCAUUCCCUUCUGGCAGGGGUAUUGUGUGGGCUGGGAACUUGGUAUUUGCUGCCAAACAGAAUAACCUUGUUAUAUAGCAACUUUGGAGGAACUGUUGUGAUCUUUGUGUUUGGAUGGGUGACCAUAUGUAUUGGAGAGUAUUCAUUAAUCAUAAACACAGCCACCGAAACAGCCACUUUCCAAGCACUGGAUACUUAUGAAAUCACUGCUCUGAUGAGACCUUUCUACAUUUUUGUCUUUAUUGCAGUGGAUCUUGCACACAGGUUUGCUGUCAACACACCCAUUCUAGAACAGACAAACCAGAUUUUGCACAUCCUGUUUCUUUUUCUGCCAUUCUUGUGGGCAAUGGGAAUUCUGCCCCCGCUUGAUGCACUUUUUCUCUGGGGAAUGGAACAACUGUUGGAGUUUGGACUAGGAGGUUCACCUAUGUCAAGUAACACAAAGUUGUUAGUAAUGUUUCUCAUUUCUGCUGGAACAGCAAUAGCAUCGUAUUUCAUUCCCAGCCCCCUCGGUGUGAUCCUCUUCAUGACUGGAUUUGGGUUCAUACUGAGUCUUAACCUAAGUGAGAUUUGGUUUGCCUUCAAACACACCAUGAUCAGCCAUUUAGCCUCCAGCAAAUCUAAAAAUACACACAGAGGUCUUAGAAUGCAAUUUGGGUGGAGGGAAUUUAUUUUCUACGCGACUGUGUUGACAUUUGCUCUCACAGAAGCGAGCCUGCUGCAUCAAUUUGCAGGCUCCUCAUCAUUUUCCCAGGCCAGCCCCCAGGCCAUAGCAAGUUACAUUCUGAUCCUACUGCUUGUAAUGAUGUGGAUUCUUAGAGAGAUUCAGAGAGUGUACUUGUUUGGAGUCUUCCGAAACCCCUUUUACCCAAAGGAUGUCAGGACUGUGGCUGUGUUCAUGGAGAAGCAAAGAAGGCUAAUGAAAGUUGGUGUUGUCAGGAGGAUUUUACUAACACUAGUGUCUCCAUUUGCUAUGAUAGCAUUCCUGUCACUUGACCAUUCUCUACAAAACCUGCAUUCUGUGUCUGUUUCCAUUGGAUUCACAAGGAUAUUUAGGAUGGUCUGGCAGAAUACAGAAAAUGCCUUACUAGACAUGGUGGUUGUGUCAGCAGCACAAAUGUUGGUGUUUAAUCCAGACCUCUGGUGGAACAGGAGCCUUGAUACAGGAAUCAAACUCUUGCUGGUGGGUCUCCUGCGGGAUCGGCUCUUCCAGUUCCUCUCCAAGCUGCACUUUGCCGUCGCCAUCCUCCUGACCUCGUGGACGGAGAAGAAGCAGCGCCGCAGAUCCAGCGCCGCCCUGAUCGCGCUCAACCUCGCCUUCUUCCCCGUGCUGCUGGCGCUGGUGGCCGUGUCGGCGCUGCUCUCCUCGCCCCUGCUGCCCCUCUUCACGCUGCCCGUGUUCCUGGUGGGAUUCCCGCGGCCGCUGCGCAGCUGGCCGGGCCCCGCGGGCGGCACCGCCUGCGUCUGCUCCGACACCGUCUACUACCGGCAGCUGGUGCCCGGGCUGGCCGCGGCGCUGCAGGGCGCGCUGGCCGCCGGCGGGCUGGGUCUCUCUCUGCCUGGGUCACAUUACUUGUGCCGCUUUCAGGACAGGCUGAUGUGGAUCUUGGUGCUGGAAAAAGGCUUCACAUACUGUGGUGUUAACAUUAAGGGGCUAGAACUGCAGGAAACAUCCUGCCAUGCUGCUGAAGCUCACAGGGUGGAUGAAAUUUUUGAAAUGGCCUUUGAACAUCAGGAGCACACAAGGAUUCUGUCUCCCAAUCCCCAUUUUGGACACAUCCUGACUCCCUGUACUGUUGUUCCUGUGCGCCUGUAUUCUGAUGCCAGGAAUGUUUUAUCUGGAAUAAUUGAUUCCCAUGAGAAUUUGAAGCACCUGAAAGAUGAUUUUGUUAAAGUGCUUGUAUGGAUGCUUGUCCAGUAUUGUUAUAAAAAAUCAAAGACGUGGGAAAGCCCAGGCAGUGCCAACAAGAACAAACAAGGAUCAUUUCCAGAAAAUCAGCAUGGUGGUGCAGUGAAAGGAUCCAGAGCUCUGAGGGAAGAAGACAGCUUUAGUGUUGAUACAGUGGAGGACUGGACUGAUGAUAGUGACAUUUUUGAUUUUGAACUCAGUAACAGAACAAGAGACAGAAAAGAACCUGGGCAGUUGGGACUGACACCAAAAGUGCACCUGUCUAUUCCAGGGUCUAUAGAAACACAGAGCCAAGAUUUCCUACCAGAAAUGUCACCAGAAGAUAAAUUAAACAGGGCUGUGGUGCUUGGGCUGCCUGCUGUGGACAAAGGGAAACAGCCAGAAGUUUUACCUCGUGUAGAAUUUAGUUGCUCUUACUCAGAGCUGCUGAGCAUCCCUGAAGAAUGGAGAACAGCACCAGUACCUUCUUCCAAAGUCAGUGAGAUGAGGCAGAGGUUUCCAGAGGAAUGGUACCACUUUGUUUUGAGCCAGCUGGACUUUUUUCAUCUGAAAGAGAAGCCUUCCAGUUUACUCACAGACCUCAUGAAAGACAAAGCUUUGAAAGACCUGUACAUCCAAGGGGUGCUGUCGUGUUGCUUUGGUCUGUUUGGGCUGGACAACGCCGUGCCUGCCCCUCGCCACGUGUUCAGGGCAUACACUGGUGGCAUUCCCUGGUCUGCUGGCCUGGACUGGCUAACAGGCAAACCAGAGCUCUUCCAGUUGGCAUUAAAAGCAUUUAGGUACACCUUUAAACUUAUGCUGGACAAAGCCAGCCUGGGCCCAGUGGAGAACUUCAAAGAGCUGGUGACUUACCUGGAGGAAUACGAAAGCGAUUGGUACAUUGGGCUGGUGUCAGACCUGGAGUGGCAGCAAGCAGUUCUGCAGGAGAAGCCAUACCUGUUCUCACUGGGGCAUGACCCAAGCAUGGGAAUUUACACGGGGCGGGUGCUCACUCUGCAGGAGCUGCUGGUCCAGGUGGGAAAGCUGAAUGCUGAAGCUGUGCGAGGCCAGUGGGCCAACCUGUCCUGGGAGCUGCUCUACGCCACCAACGACGACGAGGAGCGCUACAGUAUCCAGGCACACCCGGCCCUGCUGCGCAACCUGACCGUGCAGGCGGCCGACCCGCCCCUGGGCUACCCCGUGUACUCCUCGCAGCUCCUGCAGCUGCCUCUCUUCUAGCCUGUCCUUCCUUCAGCCAUGGCUGCUCCUGCUUUGUCUUUUCCCCUGCACGUUGGGAUUCAGAUGUCCGUGCUCCUCCAUGUGCUCCAGAUCAGGCGUUACUCUCAGGGUGGCAGUGCCAGGCCAGCAGGUGCCCUUGGCACAGGGGUGGUGCUGGCCAGAGCCUCCAGCAGGCAGCAAGCUGGGGACUGGUUUCUGCUGCUGGAACAUGAGACACCAUUGCCUGUGUGGCUGACAAGCCACAUGCUGAAAUUCUCUCCUCCAAUUCAGAGAAGAGCAUAAUUUUGAUCAUUAUCAUUAUCCUGAUCACUAACUUAAUUCUGAUCAUUAACUUUUUUUGGUGCAUUCUGAUUUUUUUUUUACUUUUUUUUUUUCCCUUGGACAGGUGACUUGCACUGCCAGUCAGGUUACAGCUUCUUGUAGUGUUGGCAACCCCAGAGUUGGCAACCAAAGUGUACAUAGGACUAUUUAUACCAACUUUUUUUAUUCUGGCCAUUUUAUAUUGGACUGAGCUCAGUUCUAGCAUUUGUUAUAUGACUUUUACUGAUCUUCCUUAUGUGUAGUAAGUUAUCAGCCAUGUUUUAACUAAAGUAAAUUGCAAAGGACAAUUUUUACCAAAGUACUUGUUUUGGUAAAAAGAAUUUAUAUAAAUCAGUGUGUGCUCUGACACACUAAUAACCUUGGUGACUUUACUGAUGAAAGAAGUAAACAUUUAUAAUUAGGGGACAGAGGAAAUUUUAAGAACAAAUGGUAUGAUU